CCAAGAAUGAAAAUCAGUUUGGUAAUUUUUAAUAUAUUGGUUGAUCGUCUAAAAUUGUAAGAAUGGAAAAGUAAGAAGGAACGUCAAAGAGGGAAGAAGUGAACCAGGAGAAAGUGGAGUCAUUGAAAUCAUUGCAAGAGUUUCAAGAAAUGACGCUUCAGUAUCAUGAAAUUACCAAUUGAAUAAUGUUUAUGCUUUUGAAUGUAUCAACCAAAUACUUAAACAAAAUAUUUUAUUCACUUCAAGUAACUAUAAUUUCAGUCAUGAUUGAUUGUUCCCAGCAGGAUCUGUAUCUGUGUAAAUAGGCAAUUAUUGAUUCGGGGAAAAAAAAAAAGGGAGAAGAAGAAAAAGGUCUACUUCUCUGAAGUAAGAUGACUUGUCAAAAAUUCUGUGUGGCUUUGUUACAUUGGGAAUUUAUUUAUUUGACAACUGCACUUAACUUGGCAUAUCCAAUUACUCCCUGGAGAUUUAAGCUGUCUUGCAUGCCACCAAAUACAACCUACGACCUGCCAACUGGAAUCUCCAAGAACACUUCCAAUCUGAACGAGCAUUAUGAGGCAGUUGUCAAAGCUAAAUUGAAUUUGAGUACUACCUACUUUUCUAACUUAUCUUCCAAAACAACUUUCUACUGUUGCUUUUGGAGCAAGGAAGAUAAAAACUGUUCUGUACAUGCAGACAACAUUGACGGGAAGGACUUUGUUUCAACAGUAAAUUCUUUAGUUUUUCAACAAAUAGGUGCAAACUGGAACAUACAGUGCUGGAUGAAAGAGGACUUGAAAUUAUUCAUCUGUUAUAUGGAGUCAUUAUUUAAGAAUCCUUUCAAGACUUAUGACCUUAAGGUCCAUCUUUUAUAUGUUCUGCCUGAAGUUUUAGAAGAGUCACCUCUGGUCCCCCAGAAAAGCAGUUUUCAGAUUGUCCAGUGCAACUGCAGUGUUCACGACAACUGUGAAUGCCACGUGCCUGUGCCAACAGCCAAACUCAACCACACUCUCCUUCUGUAUCUGAAAAUCACGUCUGGUGGUAUAAACUUCCAAUCACCUCUAAUGUCAGUUCAGCCCAUAAAUGUUGUGAAGCCUGAUCCCCCAUUAGAUUUACAUAUGGAAAUCACAGAUGCUGGCCACUUGAAGAUUUCUUGGUCCAGCCCAACAUUGGUGCCAUUUCAACUUCAAUACCAAGUGAAAUAUUCAGAGAAUUCUUCAACAAACAUGAGAAAAGCUGAUGAGAUUGUCUCAACUACAUCUCUGCUGAUAGACAGUGUGCUCCCUGGGUCUUCAUACGAGAUUCAAGUGAGGGGCAAGAGACUGGAUGGCCCAGGAAUCUGGGGUGACUGGAGCACCCCUCUGAUCUUUACCACACAAGAUGUCCUAUACUUUCCGCCUAAAAUUCUGACAAGUGUCGGGUCUAACGUUUCUUUUCACUGCAUUUAUAAAAGUGAAAACGAGAUUGUUUCCUCAAAAAAGAUUGUUUGGUGGCUGAAUUUGGCGGAGAAAAUUCCUCCGAGGCAGUAUGCCAUAGUGGGGGACCGCGUUAGCAAAGUCACGUUUGCACAUUUGAAUGCAACCAAGCCUCGCGGGAAGUUCACCUACGACGCCGUGUACUGCUGCAACCAGCAGGAAUGCCACCAUCGCUAUGCGGAACUCUACGUGAUCGAUGUCAAUAUCAAUAUAUCAUGUGAAACUGAUGGGUACUUAACUAAAAUGACUUGCAGAUGGUCAGCCAAUGCAAUCCAAUCACUCAUGGGAAGUACUUUGCAGUUGAGGUAUCACAGGAGCAGCCUUUACUGUUCUGAUGUUCCAUCUAUUCAUCCCAUGUCUCAACCCAAAGAUUGCCAUUUGCAGAGAGAUGGUUUUUAUGAAUGCAUAUUUCAGCCAAUUUUCCUCUUAUCUGGCUAUACAAUGUGGAUUAAAAUCAAUCACUCUUUGGGUUCACUUGACUCUCCACCAACGUGCGUCGUUCCUGAUUCCGUGGUGAAACCACUGCCUCCAUCCAGUGUGAAAGCAGAAAUUACUGUAGAAAUUGGGUUAUUGAAAAUAUCUUGGGAAAAGCCAGUCUUUCCAGAGAAUAAUCUUAAGUUCCAGAUUCGCUACGGCUUAAAUGGAAAAGAAGUACAGUGGAAGAUGUACGAGGUGUACGAGGCAAAAUCAAAGUCGGCCAGUGUCCUGGUGCCAGACCUUUGUGCCGUCUACGCAGUUCAGGUGCGCUGCCGGAGGCUGGACGGGCUGGGCUACUGGAGUAACUGGAGCAGUCCCGCCUACACCGUUGUCAUGGAUAUAAAAGUUCCUACCAGAGGACCUGAAUUUUGGAGAAUCAUAAAUGAAGACACCACUAAAAAGGAGAGGAAUGUUACUUUACUCUGGAAGCCUCUGAUGAAGAAUGACUCAUUGUGCAGUGUGAGAAAAUAUGUGGUAAAACAUCAUACUUCCCUCAAUGGAACAUGGUCAGAAGAUGUGGGAAAUCACACUAAAUUCACUUUCCUGUGGACAGAACAAGCACAUUCUGUUACAGUUCUGGCUGUCAACUCAAUUGGUGCUUCUUUUGUGAAUUUUAAUUUAACCUUCUCAUGGCUUAUGAGCAAAGUAAAUUCUGUUCAGUCGCUCAGUGCUUAUCCUUUAAACAGCAGUUGUGUGCUUCUCUCCUGGACGCUAUUACCUAGUGACUACUCUCUGAUGUAUUUUGUUACUGAGUGGAAAAUUCUUAAUGAAGACAGUGAAGUUAAAUGGCUUAGGAUCCCUCCAUCAGUUAAGAAGUAUUAUAUCCACGAUCAUUUUAUCCCCAUUGAGAAAUAUCAAUUUAGUCUUUACCCAGUAUUUAUGGAAGGAGUAGGGAAACCGAAGAUAAUUAAUAGUUUCCCCCAAGAUGAUAUUGAAAAACACCAGCAUGAUGCAGGUCUAUAUGUAAUUGUGCCAAUAAUUAUUUCCUCUUCAAUCUUACUGCUUGGAACACUGUUAAUAUCACACCAAAGAAUGAAAAAGCUGUUUUGGGAAGAUGUUCCAAACCCCAAGAACUGUUCCUGGGCACAAGGACUUAAUUUUCAGAAGCCAGAAACAUUUGAGCAUCUUUUUAUCAAGCAUACAGAAUCAGUGAUAUUUGGUCCUCUUCUUUUGGAGCCUGAAACCAUUUCAGAAGAUAUCAGUGUUGACACAUCAUGGAAGAAUAAAGAUGAGAUGGUACCAACCACUGUGGUCUCUGUACUUUUGACAACUCCGGAUCUUGAAAAGGGCUCUGUUUGUAUCCGUGACCAGCACAGCAGUGCUAACUUCUCUGAGCUGGAGAGCAUCGUGAUAGCCCGUGAGGAUGAAAGCAGGAGGCAGCCCUCUGUUAGAUAUGCCACCCUCCUCGGCAGCUCUAAAUCAAGUGAAAUUGAUGAAGAGCAAGGGCUUAUAAACAGCUCAGUCAGCAAAUGCUUCUCUAGCAAAGGUUCCCAACCAAAGGGUUCUUUUUCCAACAGCUCAUGGGAGAUAGAAACCCAGGCAUUUUUUAUAUUAUCAGAUCAGCAUCCCAAUAUAAUUUCACCACACCUUCCAUUCUCAGAAGGAUUGGACGAACUUUUGAAACUCGAGGGAAAUUUCCCUGAAGAAAAUAAUGGUGAAAGGUCUGUCUAUUAUUUAGGGGUCACCUCAAUCAAAAAAAGGGAGACUGGUGUGUUUUUGACUGACCAGUCCCAAGUGUUGUGUCCGUUCCCAGCCCACUGUUUAUUCACUGACAUCAGAAUCCUCCAGGACAGUUGUUCACACCUUGUAGAAAAUAGCUUCAAUUUAGAAACUUCUGGUCAGAAGACUUUUGUAUCUUACAUGCCUCAGUUUCAGAUUUGUUCCACUCAGACUCAGAAAAUAAUGGAAAACAAAAUGUGUGACCUAACUGUCUAAUUUCAUUCGAGAAGCAUCUCAGAUUUAUGUUAGAAUGAAUCAUGUGAAGUGUAAUAUAUUUCGCUGUGGUUGUGGCUAUGGGAGAGGAAAGAAAACUGUCAAAAUUGGAAAUGAUUGUCCCCAAAUCAGUGGUAUCUGUCCUCAUUCAGUAAGGCAGACAAAAAGUGUGAGACACCCUUCAAGAGCCUGGCAAUGUAGACUGACUCUUCUAAUUCCAUUAACAAGCUACACUGGGAAGGUUUCCAAAGGUUUCCAAGCCCAACAGAUAGCACAUUUGGGAACAGGAGACCUGUGUAGAAAGAGCUAAUCUUCUCAGUUAUACCUAAGUUUGAAAGAAGACUUCAAAACUGAUAGUUGUGAGAUGUAACUUGCUUCAAGGGUGUCGUUGUUUUACCUUUUUACCUUGAGUUGUCUUUGCUUUCUACUGAUUCGUGUGCACACUCAUUUGUACCUAAGAGGCAUCCUCAUACAUUUUUAAAGUACGUGAUGUAUUUGUAUUUUGUGCUACUUGACUGUGUGAUUUUAAGAUUUUGCAGUUUAACAAACUUGUCUUGAGAACUUAUUCUGUGGUAGGUACUCCAUUAAAUGUUGCAGAUAAAUAGAAGAUUUAGCUCUGGCCUAGGGGAUAUACUUCUGAAGACUGACAAGUAAGCCAAUCUUUAUGUGUCAAAUCUAAGAUAUGUACCAUUGAAUGAAACUAUCUAUUAGAAUGGCAGUACCCACAAUUAAUAUUUUGAUGACAACAAAAGCACUUUUGAAGACAUAAUGUCUGUCUCAACUCUUCUCUAUAAAAGAUGUCGCAAUGGUCACUUUCGGAUUCAGUUUGAUUGCCACAUGUUACUGUAUCUCACUCCAGAAUCACUGUCUUCCCUGAUUCCCAUUUGCUUGUGUGCUAUUUUUUUUUUCUAACUUACAGAGCAGUCUCUCUCAUAUAAUCAACCACUGUAUUAAAUCUUUUCUGUACUUUAACUCAGCUAAUUAUUAAAGUAAUCAUAUGGGACAUGUUCCCCUAUAACACCCAUUUUAAAGAUUAGAAGAUUAAGUAAUUUCCCCAAGGUCACAGAGUUAGUGGGUGAUGGAACCAGGAUUCAGAUUUAAAUCCAGAUCUUUUAAUGCUAGGGACUGUGUUUGAAACCUACACCUUACUUUGCCAUUCAUUAAAAUAAUGGGUUGUAAUCAAGUAAAAUUUAUUAAAUGGAAAUAGAACGUGGGAUGAAAAUCAAGUGAGAAUUACACAGAUGUUGUUUUUGCCCUUAAAGACUUUAAUAUUUAUUGUUGGUUUCAGUUUCUAGUAUGGCAACAAAACUCAAAGCAUAUUGAGCAACAAACUAAAUUAAGAAACCUGCAGAGAUCGAUGUUGAAUGGCAAUAAUUAAGAAUGUCAAGAUGAUCGGUAUGAUCAAAACAAAUACUUCAGUCCUUGCAAAUAUGCCUCUUGGUUGUUAAACAUCCCCAGUUUCAUACUUAGCCUGAGAGAGGAUCCUGCUGAUUUUACUGUUACCCAAAAGAAAAUCCUGCUCUCUAUUGCUAUGCUAGUUGAGGCUCUAUGAAUUGAACAGUUCUAGACAAUGACAAAGUUCUCAGACCCCAACCAACAGGUGUUUUUUCACACUUCAUGAUCAUUUGCCAGUUAGAAACCAAUAAAGCUGUUUCCUAUCUUAGGCAUCAUUGAGCUAGCUUGGGAUCUCAUACUUCGGUAAUGAUUCUCACCAGAGAAAGGUAGAAGGCUCCUAUCAACUCACUGAAUAAUUAGUAUGGAAUGAAAGCCUCAGUUCCGUACAAAGAUAAAUUGAAAGAAUAUUUUUCUUCACUGAUGUUUUAAGUAGUCCAGAAACAGAGGAAAUUAUUGCAUGUAUGGAAGCUCUGGUAAAAUUGGCCAUUAUUUCGAAUGCUGCUUAUAGAAUAUAGACAUUUAAUUGAGGGUACCAUAUAGGAAAGACAGAAAAAUUACAUUUUGCUCCAGUCUGCACGUGGUUAGAGAUUAAACACUGGGCAUGUCCACUGAGACACAACAUUUUCUUGUGGUCUGGGACCUGUAACUGUGAGGAAGAGAAAAUGAUAGAGAUUCCGAUCAGCCCAAGAUUUCACCAUGCUAUACGUACGCUGUAGUGAAUUCAGAAGUCCCAGGACCACUAUUGUGCUAUAGGUCUGUGUGAAAAGAAUUAAGUAACAACACAUUAAGUUGAGAGCAUGACCAGCAUCCUGGCAUAGCUUGAUUUCUUAAAAACAAGUGAAAACAUCUCAAAUAUCAAUAUGCCAAGGGAGUUUCUUUCACGGAGAAAGCUAAAGCGUACAGUUUGGCCUACUGGUAUGUAUAGAUUUAGUUCUUUUCUAUAGUCAAUGUGUUAGGGCUCUGAUUUUCACUUUUGAAAGUUUGUUUCACUCU